AGAGGGUUCGGUGAUCAUUACGCACAACAUUUUUUAAGGAGUAGAAUGUGCUCGCUUGGCCAACCUCUUCUGGUCCACCCUCACGGCUCCAGUGUGUCGCGUACGGGACAGUCAACGAGUUUUGUCCAGAUGUGGUCCACAUUUUCGAUAAUGACCACAUCCUUAAAUUAGCAGCAUGUUAAUUGGUUGGCUGACCUCUGGUUCCAUAAGGAGAAGGAUUUGGGUAAAAGAAAAGAAACAAAUGGAAUACCUAUCUAAUAUUUCAGGAAUGUAAAGGAUAGCUUGAAUCUGUGAAAUACAGGGAAGAAUAUGUGAUUAAAAACUUGAGAGUUGCACCUGUCGAUGGUGCUGAUCUAUUAUUUGGCGAAAAAAUGUUAUCGGGACGUGACGGUUUAACCUGCUUCAAGAAACGCUUAAAGAUUCAUAAGCGGGAGUUUUUAAGAAUAAUUCCAGUCUUUGGAGGAUAAGAUGAGCAAAAGUGUGGAACUACUUUCGAGGUCCGAGGAUGGCGAUCGAACAUCCAGUCAGAGACAUAGCGAGGAGAGGUCCAGGCUGAAUUUAAACGGAAGCAGACACCUGUCAAGAAGUGCGACGGAACUCAGGGAUAAUCAGAGCCAUACUCCCAAUCGGUCGCCAGUACAUCGGACAUGUGAUAAUGAGGCGGAAUCCAUCACUCGUCACAGAUAUCGUCACGCUUCUGUAGCACAAAGAACUCAAACUUUUUUCGCGACCCUAAAAAGUCGCUGGGCUCGAAGUAGAAGUAAAGAACGAAAAAAGUCGAAGGAUGCUUCCAGCUCCCAUGCACAUGAUCAUUACAAAAAUCAUGGCUUGGAAUCGGAUUAUGCCGCUGAUUAUUCAUCAGAGCAUAGCAGAAGCUCUUCCGCCACUCAGAGCCCUGCUAAACAUUACCUCAGUCACCCAGAAUCACCCCUUACGAGAGCCAAGAGGGACAAGAUAGGAAUUUUACAAGAGGAUAGUUCAGGAAGAUGCAGUGAUGGUUCUUCGAAAGGUUCCUCGAGCUUUCAAGGUCAAAAGGAUUUGAGUCACUUGGAUGAAGGACAGAGAAACGGAAACAAGGAUUCCGAUAUCCUGCUGCAAGAUGAGACAACUCGGCGCAGGGAAUUGGCUUUGAGGCAGCAUGCUUUCUUCCAACUGCGACUUCAUAUCAGAAGAGGGACUAAUCUGGUCGCUAUGGAUCGAUGUGGUGCCAGUGAUCCAUAUGUUAAAAUAAAAUCUGCCGGGCGUCUAUUGCACAAGUCACGUACAGUUCACAGAGAAUUAAAUCCAGUGUGGGACGAAAGCGUGACGUUACCAAUAGAAGAUCCAUUUCAGCCACUCACUGUUAAGGUUUUCGAUUAUGACUGGGGCCUUCAAGACGAUUUUAUGGGCGCAGCGCUAUUGGAUUUAACUUUACUGGAUUUAGGUCAUCCACAGGAUAUCACAUUGGAACUUAAAGAUCCGGCAAGAUACAGGCAACAUUUAGGCGAGAUUUUCCUAACAGCAACUCUCUGGCCAAAAAAUCAGCAAGAGAAAGAACAGUAUUUCCAGAGAAGUAAUCGAUUGGCUGAUGUGAACCGGAAAUUGAAGUCACAAAUAUGGAGUUCAGUGGUCACCAUCGUUCUCGUUGAGGCGAAGAACCUGUUGCCAAUGGAUAUCGAAGGUUUAUCGGAUCCUUACGUUAAAUUUCGAUUGGGUACAGAAAAGUACAAAUCAAAAGUAGCAAAUAAGACCUUAAACCCAGUAUGGCUAGAGCAAUUUGACCUCCACCUCUAUGAGGAUCCCUACUUAGGCCAAGAUCUGGAAGUAACACUUUGGGAUCGAGAUAAGAGUCAUCAGGAUGAUCUGAUGGGAAAGACAAUCAUAAAUUUAGCGACUCUGGAACGAGAAACAACUCAUAGACUAUGGCGGGAACUUGAAGAUGGUGCCGGAAGUAUUUUCUUGUUGCUAACUAUCAGUGGUACAACUGCAAGUGAAACUAUCAGUGAUUUGGCAGCACACGAAGAUAAUGCUCAUGAAAGACCACAACUUUUGCAAAGAUAUUCGAUAGCGAACACUCUGCAAAGGCCAAGAGACGUUGGUCAUUUGAUUGUUAAGGUCUAUAGAGCUCAAGGACUCGCUGCUGCCGACCUGGGUGGAAAAAGUGAUCCCUUUUGUGUUCUAGAACUAGUGAAUGCUAGACUACAAACCCAAACGGAGUACAAAACCCUGGCGCCAAAUUGGCAGAAAAUUUUCACCUUCAACGUCAAGGAUAUCAACUCUGUUUUGGAAGUCACAGUAUACGAUGAAGAUCGGGACCACAAGGUGGAAUUCCUCGGAAAGUUAGCGAUACCUUUGUUAAAAAUAAAAAAUGGCGAAAAACGAUGGUAUGCCUUAAAAGAUAAAAAGCUGAGAGGUCGUGCGAAAGGAAACUCGCCACAAAUUCUGUUAGAAAUGACUGUGGUUUGGAAUGUGUUUAGAGCAUGUCUUAGAACAAUUAAUCCUAAAGAAAAAAAGUACAUGGAACCAGAAAUGAAAUUCAAGAGACAAGUCUUCCUGAGGAAUGUUCUUAGGCUAAAAGCUAUCAUUGUCAUCUUCAUCGACUUGGGAAAAUAUAUUCAGAGCUGUUUUGAGUGGGAAAGUAAGAUGCGAAGUGUCAUCGCCCUCGUUUUAUUCGUGCUUGGUUGUUACUACUUCGAACCUUACAUGAUACCAACCACACUGUUGCUCAUUCUCUUGAAGUAUUAUAUGGUUGGUGUACUGACAGGAGCACCUAUUCCUCAUCAGGUAACGGUACAUGUUCAGGAUACAACUGAUACGGCCUCAGAUGAUGGACCACCUACUCCAGGCGAUGAUGAUGAUGACGAUGAUGACAAGGACAAGGAGGAGAAAAAGAGCCUCAAGGAACGACUCCAAGCGAUACAAGAAGUAACACAGACGGUACAAAACUCAAUCGGUUACCUAGCUAGCUUAUGUGAAAGAGUGAAAAACUUGUUCAACUUCACUGUUCCUUAUUUAAGCUACCUGGCCAUGAUUAUGACAGUUCUGUGUGCUGUUGUGCUUUACAUUAUACCUGUAAGGUACCUCCUUUUGGCCUGGGGUGUUAAUAAAUUUUCGAGGAAGAUCUUCAGACCUCAUUCGGUGCCUAAUAACGAGGUUCUUGAUCUCAUUUCGAGGGUACCAGAUGAUGAGGAACUCCUUAAUUACAGGGAACUGAAGCCUUUAUCUACAUCCGAUUGUGAAAGAGGAGCUUCAGCCUCAACAUCCGGAAACCUAUCAAGAAGAGAAUUAAGAAAAAGGCACAAGGCAGCGUAGCAGAAUGUCCCGCGGCCAGAAGUCGCGGGUCUACGGCCAACCGGUCUUUUCAAAACGGUCCUGAUGCGGAAAAAACUUGUCCGUAAUCGAAAAAGUUUCGUCGAGAAACCGGAAGUGGCUGAUAUAGACUAAGUAAUCUAACGUACAGAUUUUUUAUAAUUUCCACUACAGGAAGCGUAAAUCUCGAGCUUCAAAUGAAAGAACAGUCGAUUUCGUAGGAAUGAAAACGCUAUAUAUCACAAUGACGAUAAUGGCUAUUAGCUAGUUCUCAGGGUCUUUUCAACGCUUACAUGCCCCAGCCACAUUUGUUGACAAUCCCCACCGAUUAUUUUUAUACUUUUCUUUUGUCUCCCAACCAGAAAAUAAGUUCAGAAUGGUCUGAAGCAACACAAACUGAUUACAUUUUGUAAUAUGUAAUAAAUUAACCUUGCUUCUGCUAAAAAUUCUGAAGCUUUUUUCUGGGAUUUAUGAAUACCGAGAAGACUGAUUUGAAAAAUUAAGAAGGCUGUAGAGAUGUGAAAUGGUAUCACCCGUUUUCUUACAGGUGUCGAGUGUUUUUGUACUAUUAUUUUUUUAAUAGAAACAAGAUUACUUCAUGUUUGAUUGAAUCUUUCCUUAUAUUUAGCAGGCGAGGAUCAGCAGAGUGACUAAACUGGUACCCUCCCCCCUCCCCCUCCUCCUAGGAUUUCUGACUAAUCUUGAUUUUUUUCUUUUUCACUGAGGAAUGAAGAAAAAUUAUAAAAAAACACUAAUAUUGAAAAUUAAUUAAAUUAAUUUAAAAAAGGGGAAUUUCAAGUUACACUGGAACCUGGAAUUAGAAAACUCGGAUUUACGAUAUUCCUAAAAUUGACAGUCACCGCAUUUUUAUAAUGCGAGGAGCGUCGGACCGAGAUAGAAGCCUAUUUACGUUUGGAUUCCUUAGACUUAAGAGCAAGGCCACUACAGGCCGCUCCCGAAACCGUUUUUUAUUCCAGGUUCGAUUGUAUUACUUUUGCAGUUUAGAUUAGAAUGGUAAAUUUUCAAAAGCGUUA